UGAUCUUGCACAUCUUCAAGAUCGCCAUAAUAGCUGCCGUGCUUUGGAUCACGCUACCAUGGUUCCUUGUGAAAGUCCCCUUUGAGUUUCGCAUGCAAUGGCAGAUCAGACCCAAAAGCCUGGCCGUGGUAGCAGCCUUCUGCUUCCUGGCUGUCACGGAAGCUUUGAGGUUUCGGCGAAGGAAAACCAAGAAGACCGUAUAUGGGCUGCAGCAUGGAAGACUGCAUCUGGAUGCGCAUGUGCCGAUGUGGAUGAACAUGGGUUAUUGGAAGGUUGAUGGGAAGGACGCGUUGAAUCCCAAGAGCUUGGCCGAAGCAUGCCGAGAUCUACUAGAGCUCGUGCUUUCCGAAGCUGGGUUGUCUGAAGAUUCAAAACAGGAUCACUCAAGAUGUUUGAUCGACGUUGGAUUUGGUUGCGGUGAGCAGACGAUCUACCUGAUGAACGAGAAGCCUGUCAGUCGUUGUGAUGAGCUAUGGUGGAGUGCUCGAGAUCAUCAGGUGUACUUUGAUCAGUAUAUUGGUAUUACGCAGGAUGGAGCGCAGUGUGGCUAUGCCCAGGAGCGCGUCAACGAGCUGAAGAAGGACAGUAUCAGUCUCUUUUGUGCAGAUGCCUCGAAGCCUCGAAUCUGGAGCGAACAACUGCUCGCAACCAUCAAAGCUGCUAAGUCGAAGUCCAAGGAGACAUGGCUCCUGGCGUUAGAUACUGCGUAUCAUUUCUCACCUUCUCGAUGGGGGAUCGUAGAGCAUGCGUAUCACAGACUGGAUGCCUCUUUCAUGGCGUUCGAUCUCUGUCUGUCGCCGAAUGCAAGACCGCUCCAGAAGCUCAUUCUCCGCAUCUUGACAACACUGAUGGGCGCACCCUGGGUCAACUUUAUCACACCCGAGGCUUACAGGCAGAGGCUCAUGAACAUUGGAUACCCGGCAGAUGCAAUCAAGAUUGUUGACAUUUCGGAGCACGUAUUCGCGCCUCUGGCGACUUACAUGGAGGAGCAAGAUCGCAGACUGAAGAUACUUGGACUCGGUCUUGGAAGCUUCCAUGCAGCGAAGUGGUUGUUCAGGUGGUGGGGUAGGACAGGUGUGGUGAAAGGGGUUGUGGUGGUCGCAAGACAUAAAGAAUGCAGUCAAUAG